ACUUCUCCUCGGCGCCGGCGCCCCCCCGGCUGCGGCCGCCCUCCCGCCUUUCCCCUCCCCCGCCGCUGCCACAUCCUCCGCCGCUGUUGGCGUCAGCCGAGCCGCCAUAUUGGAGGAGAAGGUGCCGCCGCUGGUGCCGCAGGGGGAGUCGGGCCGGCCCGUCUCCUCUCCCCUUCCCUCUUACAGCUCCCCGGCCGGCCUCAGUGACUGUAGGGCGGGCGGCGGAGAGAGCCGUGCCGCUCGGCGUCUCCCCUCCCCAGCCGAAGUCCCUCGCGCCCGUCUCCUCCUCCUCCUCCGCCGCCGCCGCCGCCGCCGCCAUGACUUCCCUGACCCAGCGGAGCUCCGGCCUGGUGCAGCGCCGCACCGAAGCCUCUCGCAGCGCCGACAAAGAGCGGGUGGCCGGCGGCGGCGGGGGCGGCGGCGGCGGGCCGGAGGAGGAAAGCCGGCGCGACGAGCAGGGCGACGACGAGAAGGGCGACUCCAAAGAAACGCGGCUCACCCUCAUGGAAGAAGUGUUGUUGCUGGGCCUCAAGGAUCGAGAGGGAUACACAUCAUUUUGGAAUGAUUGCAUUUCCUCUGGGCUGCGUGGCUGCAUGUUAAUUGAAUUGGCACUGAGAGGGCGUCUUCAGCUGGAGGCAUUUGGAAUGAGACGCAAAAGUCUGUUAACUAGAAAGGUUAUCUGCAAAUCAGAUGCUCCUACAGGGGACGUUCUACUUGAUGAAGCUCUGAAGCACAUUAAGGAAACGCAGCCUCCUGAAACAGUGCAGAACUGGAUAGAGCUGCUCAGCGGUGAGACAUGGAAUCCGUUAAAAUUGCACUACCAGCUACGAAAUGUACGUGAGCGAUUAGCCAAAAACCUAGUGGAAAAGGGGGUUUUGACUACGGAGAAACAAAACUUUCUUCUAUUUGACAUGACCACACACCCUCUCACCAACAACAACAUUAAGCAACGCCUCAUUAAGAAAGUUCAAGAAGCCGUUCUUGACAGAUGGGUUAACGACCCCCACCGUAUGGACAAGCGCUUGCUGGCUCUCAUUUAUUUAGCCCAUGCUUCAGAUGUCCUUGAGAACGCUUUUGCUCCCCUUCUGGAUGAGCAGUAUGACCUAGCUACAAAAAGGGUGCGGCAGCUCCUGGAUUUAGAUCCCGAAGUGGAAUGUAUGAAGGCCAACACAAAUGAGGUCUUGUGGGCUGUAGUAGCUGCCUUCACGAAAUAACUGCAAUCAGACUGCUCAAGUGUUCCUCCCCCCCCCUUUUAUGUAAAUCAGUUUCUCUUCUAUUGAUGAUUCAUGUUUUCUGUCAUUUGUAUUUCUCCUCAUACGAUGAAAAAUCAGCUUUUGUUUCAUGGGAACGAUAGGUGGCGUGUUUGGUUGUUUGUGGUGUGCGUGUCUCUCUCUCCUUCAGGGUUUUGCUGUUGCAAGAGAGCUUCCUUUUCUUGAAACACAUUUGAUUGCCAUAUUGGUAUUCCAUUUCAUAUUGGAUGUAAGUUGCAUUAUCUGGAUAUGAUCUGUACUCUCUUCCUUCCAUUGGAAUGGUUUAAUGUGGCAAGCGAGUGCCUCCCAGGGGCAAAACAAGCACCUAGUUUCCAGUUGAUCCAGGUGGGCACAUUUUAGCAGGUCUUAUUCAGUGGAAUGACCUAAUGCAGUAUACUGCUUAUGGGGAGGGGUUGUGCAUCAGCAGUACCUGGUAGAUUGUGCCUUUUCUUAGAUGUUCAUUUUGAAGUGCUCAAAAUCAGUUUUAAAAUAGGGAGUAUUAACAUAUUGGCUCAAUAAACAGUUAAAGCCAUCCCAUAUGUUUUUUUUUGCUUAUGUAAAACUAUGUUGAUUUGUUUGCUUUAAAAAGUUAAGCUCUAACUCUUAAGGCUAGUAUAUAGAAAGGUCCUGUUGUUUCACAAAGAGAAAAGUUUUUGGGAUGGGAAUACAUUCCAGUGUAGUCUGUAUAUAGUAAGAAAAACUCUACAUUAACACAUAACUGCACACAUCUCGGUAACUGUAGUAAAUUUCCAAAUUUGUACACCUGGCGAUCCAUUAUUUUCAACUGUUGCCUCUUGGAAAGAUGGGCCUCUUACAGGAAGUGUGUGCCUGCGUGUGUGUGUCUUGUGUUUAUAGUGUCUCUGGAGUUUGUACCAGCCAGGUGCAAUCUGCCGAUUCAUUGCCUUUAUAGCAUUCAUUGUAUGAUGAGACCACUUUAUCAUUGUUUCUAUGGGGGGCUGGGGGGAGGGCUUGUGACCAGUACAAUUCUUGAGUGCAAUUUUCAAUUUUUUUUGUUUGAACACAAGUUAACAGUUGUGUCUCAUGUCAUUAAUCUACUUAACACUUCCAAAAAAAUCAGUUGUCAAUCUUAGCAGAUGUUGCAUGUAAAUUGUUAGCAGGUGAUGACUACAGUUCAACCAAUUAAGAUUUCUGUAGUGGGAAGCUCUACUAUGUUUUAAUUUUUAUAUACAAUUAUGCUGAUUAGCACAUUAUUGUAAAAUAUAUAAACUGGCUUUUUAAAGUUUAUUACCUCUUUGCCAUUGCUUGUUCUAGCUCCAGUCACAAUGUAAAUAUUAUGCAUUGAAACAAAUUAAAAAACUGAUUUUUCCCUCCUUUUUUUCUUUCAAAUAACCACACACUAAUAGUGGGGCAGGUAUCUAGAAAUGUUUUGGUUAACAUUGAAAGCAAAAAAAGUUCUAGAUGGUGUAUAACUGUAGCAGAAAUUUAAAGGGAUCCCCAAUCUGUAUACUAGCUUUUUACCUACAGUAAAUAAACUCUGAUUUUGAAAGUGCCUGAAACAGA